UAACAGCAAAAGAAGAAGAACUUUAAGAUUCCGCGGUUGUGUUUGGUUUUAAAUAAGCUUAAACCGAAUUCAUUUGUAUGUUCAGUAUUCGUUAUCUGAGUAGAAAUGCAUUUUAACAAGUAUAAAGAUAAACCUCAUCAAGAGUCGAGUUUGUCGUCUUCUUUUAUUACUGUUCCCAGUGAUAAAACGCUGAUAAUGGCAUCUAAAGAGAAGAAGGAAAACCCAAGAAUGGGCAAACAGACGGCUGCUGUAUAUGCAGCAAAGAUAAAGACCAAAAUACACAAUACCUCAUCAUUCUUCAAGCUUUCUCUGAAAAGCAACAACAAGGCUCUGGCGAUGGCUCUGGUUGCUCAGAAGCAGAAGAGCAGAGAGCUGGAAGCAGAGGUGGUGCGACUGAGGAAAGAUGCCCAGACAACUAAUUUUGAUCUUGCUCAUCAGCGUCAUAAAAACAAACAACUGUUUGCGAUUAUACGAGAGUUUUAUGACUCUUCCCUUAACUGGAUGACAAAGGCAGUUGACAUUUUUUGUAAUGACGAGGAUCCAGACAAUAUGGACUCAGAACACAACACCAGUAAAGACCAGAUGUUUGAAAUGGAGAAAGAGGUUGGGAGUCAACCAGACAAACCAUUGUGUCCACAGCAGGACUAUGAUAAGUCUGAACCGGCGAAUACAGCCGGUGAUGAUCCCAGCCAAGACAAAGAUAGUUCAGCACAGCAAAACACCAUAUAUGACUCUGAAAUGGAGAUGACCGUUAGUGACACUGCUGCUGAAAUAGUAACUGUUGAAACAAAUGCAAGCAGAACCUCUAGAGUUACAGAGGAACAUCAGCAAAAGAAGGAUUUGUGUUUGUCAGGAAAAGGUAGUGAGGUUAUAUCUGCAAUUGAAUUUAGUAGAUCAGAUUAUACAUUAGCCGUGCCAAAAGAGAUGACCGCUGUCACACAGCAGUGCUCUAACACUGUUCAGAACGAGGUGGAGAACGGGCAACAAAUGGAGUCAAUAACUGCACGCAGGAAAACUCACGUCACCUCUCGUUGUACUAAAAGUAGCAGACGCACAUGUAAACGGAAAGAACCAAACCCAGAUCCAAGAAAAACGUACCUCAUUUCCCAAGAUCCUCCUAAUGGUGUUUUUAAUGAUUGUUUUAGUGAUCUUGAGCUUCAGAAUUCUGAAGGAAGCAAGGCAGUUUCUUCAGAUGGAAAUACUUCAAGUAAAGCUGUUAAAAACAAAGUGUCCCAUGCUAUCCAGGAAUCCAGGAGAACAUUUAUAGUUCAAGAUGAGCCAAGACCUCAGAAGAGCAGGAAGACCAAAGUCUUGUCCCUUAUGAUGGAUCACAAUUUAUCGGAUGUGCAUGAAAAUGUUCAGGCUGCCAGUACUUUAUGCUUGGAGUCUGCUGGUGCUGAUGUGCAUGUCGGUGAGAACACAGUUCAAAAACAUAAAAACAAAACUCCAGCACACCCACUUCCUCAGUCUGAAAAGAACAAGACACAGAAAAACAGAGGAACGUUUGUGAUACAGGCGAGCCAAUCAUUCAUCAACAGGAGUUCAUUUUUGAAUGAAACCAAUAUAUUAGAGGAUCCCAACAGACCGGAAGGAUUACAGGAAGUACUGUCAGAAAUCCAAACAACACCUCUAGAUAUUGGUUCAGAUCAUGUUGCACAACAGCACAAGGUGCCAGAGAACUUGGCUGACCAUGACUUUCACAAGAUAUUGACAGAAAACACCUAUCAUCCAGAAUGUUCACAAGAUGUGAAUACCAGCCUUGUACAGGAACCCUCUGAAUUUACAUCAUCAGUGGCUGGCAAAGCCAAAAAACACAGAAAAGCAGGGGAAGAUAAAAUAAAAAAGAAGAAUGCUACAUCAAGAGAAAAACCAAAAGCAUUAAGAAAGAAACAAAAGAAUCUGGAUGAAACUGUGUUGACUGAAAUGCAAGAUGAGACUGAUCUUCAAGAUGGAGCAGGAUACAAGUCUUUGUCAAAUACUUCACAGCUACCAGUAAGUUCUCAUUCCUCAGCCUCAGAGGAAGACCUCAGGGAUGCACAUAAUGCUGAAACCCUUGAAAUAAGCUUCCUUUCUUCUGUUGACAAGUUUGAUCAGACUGACCAUGUCAACAUGGACUCUCUUAGCAUAAAUCUGGAUCGAACCAACAAAACUCUUGAGGACAGGUGCAGGAAAACAUACGUCAUUUCAUCCUCUCAUAAAUCACCCAUUAAGGAAAACACUGACAGUGGGGCUUCCAGCGACAAUUCUGAACUUGAUCUUUUUCCUGAUGAAACUGAUGAUCUUUCACCUGUAGUGAACAGAAGCAUGUUUGUCAUGGAAGAACAUAAUGUGCCUUCAGACAGUUUUAGUGGACACACAAAAGACCUUCAAUUCACAGAGGAAAGGCCUCCUUGGGAGACCCUUGAUGGGUACACUGAAACACCCUCAGAUGAAAGCCCUCCCCACAGCCCUCAACCAGAGAAACGCUGUCAAACUAUGAACAUCUACCAGGACCAGGACUCAGACUUGAGCCACCAAGGUCCAGAAGAAGGCAGGGUUAUGAAGAGUCUAACAAAUACCGAGCAUAACUCCGAUUUAGGGAGAACACGAAGAAGAGCAGCACCAGUGUCCUACAAAGAACCACCUCUCAACUGCAAGAUGAGACGUGGGGACAAAUACUCUGAUACAAAAUUCUUAAACUCUCCAGUGUUCAAAGACAAAAAGAAGAAGAAAAGAGUUUAGGAGUGAUUUUUUUUUUUUUUUUUUUUUUUUUUUUUUUUUUUUUUUCCCAUUUAUUCAUUUCAGACUUUACUUGGGUUUUCUCUUUAUUUUAUUUUAUGUUGUCUUUUUUAUGUAAUGCAAAUGUUUAUUUGAUUGAUAUUAAUUGUUUUAAUCAAAGCUGUUGAUUUGCCAGCUGAUCUCAGCCGAGUUUCUUUCUUGUGUAUAUAGGUUUAAGUAUUGUUUGAAUUUUAUUUAUUUUAUGGUUAAUAAAGAGAACCUGCUCUAUUUUAAUUUAACUAACUUGACUCUGCUUUCUAUCCUGUGGCAUUCAUACUGCUUAUAUGGAAGUCAGCUGUGUUCAUUUCCUCAUCUCUUUCCUAUGAAGAUAUAUAUAGGAAAGUUAAGUAUGUGUUAUGUAACCAGGCACUGGCCGACAGUGUUAAAGUGAUUGAGGGACUGAAUGAAUAAUUUAGAGCACUGUUCACCUGAGACGACCACAAUUCUGAGAGCGAGUAGGAGUGUCUGUUUAACCAGUUUAUAUUGUCUGAAAGCAGACUAAAACAUCUGAUACAUAGUUAUCUUAUUGUGCUGUCAGGACGCGUUAGUAUCUGAGGUUUAGGAAGCCAACAUAUAGUUUGCAGUUAGCUUCCUGUGUUUUUAUGUUUGGUUAGAGGAUUAACUACUAGGUAAAGUUAUACUCAUGGAAUGUGAUUUUUUUUUUUUUUUUUUCUUCUUUCCCUGAUGUUGCUGUUUUAAUGGGAUUUCUGCUAUUGUUCCAGACAAAAUUUUG